CGUCCAACAACAUCAGCUGACAGCAAUCGCGAAGAAAUUCUCCCUUCAAAUGACGAAAAUCUCACCCCUAGGGAAGCCGAGGAACCUCAGCAACGUCCAACAACAUCAGCUGACAGCAAUCCUGAAGAAAUUUCUCCUUCAGCUGAAGAAAAUCUUGCCCCAUCUCCACAUAGCCAGCGAGAACCUUUGGUGGAGGAAUCAAUAGAAACCGCCCAAGAAGAGAUUCUCCCAACAGAUGAUGUAAAUGAUGAAGCAGAACAAAAUAAAAAACGAGAAAAAGCUGCGACAAAGAUACAGUCAUAUUAUAGGGGGUAUCGAACAAGAAAAGAUAUGAUGGUGCGAUUCCUUGAAAACGAACCUGAGAUUAUUCCACGUCCACCUUCAUCAUCUGAAGAAGUUCAAGAAGAAAAGCAUCCACAUGAAGAAGCGUUAGAGCAAGAAGCCCUCGUUCCACCGGUAGCUGUAGCAGAACGACCAGGUACUCCUGCACCAUUGAAAGACAAAAAGAUGACCUAUACAAUCUCCAUUACAACCGGAAAUCGCUGGGGAGCCGAAACAGAAGCGAAUCUGUAUAUUCAACUCUUUGGAGAUGAACAAACAAGCCGACGAUUCUAUCUGAAACAAGAA